AUGACUUUAGGUUUGCUCAACCUACCUAAAGUGUACACUAACAUCCGCAACAGCCUCAAAGCGCAGAUGCAGAACGUCGGUUGGGUUAAUAAAAGCGUUCCCGGGGCAGCAGCGUUCGAUGCUCUAUGCCUGUAUGUGAUGAACUUAUGCUCGCUCCGCGCUUUCCUGCCUAUUUGGACAGGAGUCGAUUCCGAAGCCCGUAGAGUACUCGCGGAUGCUUUGAAGUGGCUGAUUGGUGAUGUUGGACAGAAGGAAAAGCUAUCGAGAGGGCAGGGAAAUCGCGAGUACAGAGAAGCUGCCGGCGAUAGUGAUGAUGAUGACGACGGUGGACAGCCCGCCCAACGCUCUAGGAAGCGUAAACGGGAUCCAGUGUCUGCAGAUCUCGAUAGACCUUCCAUAAUGGUCACAGUGGUAGACCCCGAUGCUCUAGGAGCAUUCUUCAACGUUGUCCCGCCUCCUACCUAUCACUGGAACUAUCCACAAAAUGAGCCUUCGUUCAUUGGAAUUCUGACAAAGAUAACGUUUCCAGAGCUCUGCAAUUUGAUCCUGAAGCACACCGCACACAGCAGAGCAAUCAGGAGUAUCUGGGGAGCACUGGAUAACGUUCCACCGGCAUCCAAUCCACCUCAUCAGCAACCUGUAGCCUUCGCCAGAUGCCCGGGGCGCUCAGGGUGCUCAGGUCGCUUGGUAGGUAAACUAUCUCUCCAGAGAUACCGCCAGUGCUCCUGGCGAGGUCUGGCGCACAUUAUUCCGCCCCAGCGCACACUAGUCCGCACAACGGGCCCCGACACUAAAUACUAG